CUAGAGAUGGAAGUGCAUGCCCUACCGAUGUGGUGGCCAAUUUUGCUAAUUGGUGUAUCAAGCUUGGUGAUGAGAUUGCUCAACGAGUUUUGGUUCGAGCCUAGAAGGAUUCGCACUGUGCUUUGGAAGCAAGGAAUUAGAGGACCACGACCUACCUUCCCCUACGGCAAUGUCCCAGAGAUCCAGAAGAUUCGAUCCACCAUGAUCAACAACACGCAUGAAGGGUUGGAUGGUCAACAGUUGAACCAUAAUUGGUUUCCCUCUGUUUUUCCAUAUCUUCAUGAAUGGGAAAUAAAGUACGGUUCUAUAUUCAUGUACUCCACAGGGAUCAACCAACACUUGUAUGUGAGCGAUCCCAAGUUGGUAAUGGAGAUAAAACAGAACAACUCCCUGGAUCUGGGUAAACCUACAUAUUUGGGUAAAUCACUCCAGCCCUUGUUAGGUGAUGGCCUGCUCCGAACUAAUGGAAAGUAUUGGGCCGUCCAGAGGAAACUUCUUGCUCCUGAAUUCUUCCUUAGCAAGGUUAAGGGCAUGGUGGGUGUGAUGCUUGAAUCUACAGCAGCAAUGAUCAAGACAUGGGAUUGUCGUAUUAAAGAUAGCAAAUCAGGCAUUUCGACCAUAGAAAUUGAUGACGAGUUGAAGAGACUAUCUGCAGAUAUCAUAUCACGAUCAUGUUUCGGCAGUUCUUACUCCUUUGGAAAUCAGAUAUUUGAAAAGAUUGGUGACAUGGUAGAAGUUCUUGGCACACCAAAUUUACUAUAUGGCUUUCUUGAUCUCAGCUGGUUUCUUCCCAACAAGAAAUUAUGGAAUCUUAGGAAAGAAGUAGACUCUAUGCUUCUCAAGUUAGUGAGGGAUCGCCAGGUUAAAAGACAAUCGGGUGGUGCAAUAGAAAAUGACCUAUUACAAAUGCUACUCGAUAUUGCUUCUACUAAUACCAUUGACAUUCCUAGGCGCCAAAGAGAAACAUUUGUUUUAGACAAUUGUCGAAAUAUCUACUUUGCAACCUCCGCCACCACUUCUGUUACUGCAUCAUGGACCUUGAUGCUUCUGUCUUUGCACCCCGAAUGGCAGGAUCGCAUCCGUGCGGAGAUCGUUGAGGUUUGUGGGAGUUUAAACAAACUCCAUCAUUGCUUGCACAACACGGAUGUGUUGCGCAAGUUCAAAGUGCUGACUAUGGUGAUUCAAGAGAGCAUGCGUCUUUAUCCAUCUCCAGCCCAACUUGCAAGAGCCAUUCUGGAAAAUGUCAAGUUUGGCGACCUUGAUGUGCCGAAGGGCACCAAUGUACAUGUAUGCGUUGGUGCAUUACACCGCGAGCCCGAAAAUUGGGGUCCGGAUGCUGAUGAGUUUAAGCCGGAGAGAUUUGAAAAUGGGAUAUCUAACGCGUGCAAGCAGCCCCAAGCCUAUAUGCCAUUUGGUUUUGGGACUCGAGUGUGCAUAGGACAGACUUUUGCUAUGACACAGCUGAAGAUAGUGCUGUCUCUAAUCUUAUCCAAGUUCGCAUUUGCUCUCUCUCCAGACUAUCGCCAUUCCCCUUCUCACAAAAUGAUAUUGAUUCCUAAACAUGGAAUCAGACUCUUUGUUAAGUCUGCGUAAUCGAUCAGGCUUGAUAGCUUGUAAUGGAUAAAAAUGCAGCAUGUAGCUAAAAAAAUUGUACUAAUGUUUUCAGAUUGUCUGCAUUUCAUGAAAUCACUAGCUUGGAACUAGAUUGA